CUACCUAAGGGAAAUGUAUACGUGCUACAAGUUGCCUUUUACCAUUACGACAAUAAAGCUGUAGUGGACUGAAAAUGAAUUUGACAUUUAAAAAUUUGCAACAGCAAAAGUUUGUAAUUUCUGAUGUUUCCUCAGAUACAAAGAUUUCAGAGUUGAAAGAACGUAUUCAAAAACAGCAGGAUUAUGAAGUUGAAAGGCAAAAACUAAUUUAUUCUGGUCGCAUCUUGGCCGAUGAAAAAACCGUUGGUGAUUAUAAUAUCAAGGAGCAAGAUUUCGUUGUCUGCAUGGUUGCUCGCCCCAAGCCUUCAUCAUCCACCUCACAAAAGUCAACACCUACUGCUUCUACCACCAGUACUCCUGCACCUCCAGCUACUACCAGUACUCCUCAACAAGCUCCUGAAAGCGCAGCACCUUCAGCUCAGCCCUCUGUUCCUUCUUCUACCCCUGCCGUAGAUACUUCUGCUACACCUUUGGAUUCCAAUCUCUUGGCUGUCGGUGCACAAAGGAAUGUCGCUGUCGAAAACAUGGUUGAAAUGGGUUAUGAACGUAGUCAAGUUGAACUUGCUAUGCGUGCUGCAUUCAACAACCCUGACCGUGCUGUUGAAUACUUGUUGACUGGUAUUCCUGAAAAUGUUAUAAGCAGCCAAGCCCAAGAACAGGCGGCUGCAGCUGCUGAACAGCAACAACAACCUGCGACAGAUGCUCCCACUACUGCUCCUGCGCCUGGAAAUCUCUUUGAACAAGCUGCCGCCGCAUCUAAUGAGGAUGAACAGGCUCCCGCCAAUACAGCUGGUGAUCCAUUAGGUUUCCUCCGUAAUAUACCUCAAUUUCAGCAGCUUCGUCAAAUUGUCCAACAAAAUCCCCAAAUGCUCGAGACUAUUUUACAACAGAUUGGUCAAGGUGACCCAGCUCUUGCUCAGGCUAUCACUCAAAACCCCGAAGCUUUUCUCCAAUUGCUAGCUGAAGGCGGUGAUGGAGAAUCCCCUUUCCCUUCUGGUGGCAUUCAAAUUGAAGUUACUCCCGAAGAAUCCCAGGCUAUUGAUAGAUUAUCUCAACUCGGUUUCGAUAGAAAUAUUGUGAUCCAAGCUUAUCUCGCUUGCGAUAAAAACGAAGAGUUGGCUGCCAAUUACCUCUUUGAGCAUGGUCAUGAGUCCGAUGGUGAUGCGUAAAAAUACCUUUGUUUGAAAUAUUUAAUGCGUUACAAAGUCCUUGGCUAUUGACGGGUUGGUGCAAUAAAAUAUAAAGAUCAUUAUUUUGUGUAAUGCGUUUAAGUAGCACCGAAGAAGACAAUUUGAAAAUUAUUUAUAAAAGUAUAUGCCUAUUCGAUGACUAUUGAAAUUGUAAACUACACAUGAGAUACUUAGCAUUAUAAUGAAAUCUUAUUUUGGUAGUCUCUGUAGAGUUAAAACAGACUA